AUGGGACUGGCAGAGGGAAACACAAAUGGAUCGCUCAAACAGAAUGAGCCCAAUACAAGUACAGCCAAUAGAGUUUUUACAAAUGUGCAAAAGCAAUCAAAUGGAGAAAGGCUAUCUUUUCAACAAAUGAGAAAGAAAAAACUUUUUUUUAAGAAGGCUAGAAAGCCUACUAAGCCUGACAUUCUAACAGCGAAAAACCACAGCCCGACUUAUCUGUCAUCUGCCAGGUCAGAGGCCACGGCUUUCAUCUUUCAGGAUUCUACCGUCUAUUCUCAACAGAACGACUUCCACGCCAAAGAAAAACACCCUCCCGAAAAUACACUGCGGCUCUACGUGUUAGGGAUUACACACCAGCGGCCGGAGCGCCGGGACCAUCUCCAGGGAAGCCAGCUUCGCAGGCGGAAAGGGAUCCAGAAACGCCAGCCGCCGCGGCGAAUCGGAGCUCGAGGCGCCCGUCAGGGCAGAAGGGAAGCCCGGCGCCGCGCCCUCCAGCCGCGCGCAGCUCAAGUCCGACGCCCCGCGCCGCGCUCUCCCCAGGGACCGAGCCCCGGAACCACGACCACUAACGGAACCAGCCCACCGGCGGCAGCAGCCGCUCGGACUGCGGACGGCGACGCGCGGCCGGGGCGCCAGGAGGGCGGGGGUUCCCCGGAGGAGCUGGCCGCCCCAGCGCCCCAUUGGGCGCCGCUCCAAACGUGCCCGAGUGGUGACAGGAAUAAAAGUGGGUCACAAGGCCUAGCGGGUCCCGGGCGAAAGCCCUCGCGGCACCAGGCUAGCUUUCCCGGACGCACGGCCGCUGGAACCGGCUGGAACCCGGUCACCCUCCGGUCACCGGGGCCCGCCGCGCACCCCAAUCCCGCCCCUGCCCCGCAGGUUGCGAAGAUUCCUGGACCACCAGUGACCCUGGAGGCGCGCGUCUUCGAGUGCUUCUUACUGGCUGGUGGUUGGGCUGGAGAGACAGGACCGGCACCUUCAGCCGCAGCAGUGGGGCAAGAGGUCUGGAUGUAUUUGCUCAUUUGCAGUUUCCCCGCUGGCCUUUUAGUGAAAACCAAGUGACAGUGUAAUGAAAGACUUGGGUGCAGGGAUGGGGAGUUGUGGACACUUGCUCUGUUUUUGUUUUGUUUUGUUUUGUUUUGGUUAGAACAGCGUGUGAAUAUUUACAGCUUACCUGGGGAGAGAGGUGAAAUUACUUCCCCCGAUGCUUGAAAUACAAUUGGUCCACGUGAAAAAAAAAAAAUCAGAGUCGAAGAACUUAAUCCAGAUCCCUGAUCUUUCACCUGAGCAUUUUUCUUCGGGAAGUGGAAAAGCAUGAUUUAUUAAUUACUCCAUUUAGUAGAAGGAAUUUUAAUAGACGUUUCUGUUUGUUCCGCAUUCACUCCCAUUCUGAUAAUUUCAUUUGGAGAACUAUCGUCCCUCUACCCAGUCCAUAUGGUCUGGAAAGGACAUCAGGGGGAAGGUAUAUUUGAGUUGAUCUGGGAUGUUACCUCUUUUCCAGUGGAUCUGAAUCUGAAAGAAUGGAGGACUGGAGCCAGCUUUUCAUGCAUGAUUAAUGAGAAAGUACCCUGGGGCGGGGGCGGGGUGGUGCAGAUUCAAAGAUGGAUAUUUGGCCUAAAGUCAUGUUUGAUGUCACGGAAACCAUUGUAAACUAGGUUGCUCUGGAAAUUUCAAUUAAAAUAAUAAAUUCUUGGAUGUGUUUUAUUGCUA